AUGUCAGUGGUGUUUCGCCAUGAUCCAAUACAAGAAGAGGAUGAAGAUGAAAUUGAACCGCAUUAUGAGAUAGAACUGCCAAAGGAUGAGCCUCCAACACGAUGUCAAAGAUUCAUGAAGAAAAUUAGCAUAAUGGGAACGGCAUUCAAAGAUAUCAACCCUCCGAUUAUAAUGUUCUUGGUCUAUGUUGGAUGGGCGUUCGGGUCGGUUAUUCAGGCCGAAGGAAUUUAUUUGAGGUGAGUUAUGUUUAUUUGUAUAGUUUUUUCUUGAAGUUUGAACUUCAUAGGUUGAUUAAAUCAACAUUUUUGGGCAAAAACAAUAUUUUCAUUGUGAAAACAAAAGUAUAAUUGUAGAAUUAUACAUUUUUUCAACUUCAAAUUAUGUUUCAAUACCUAAAACAAAAAAUAUUUUCAAAAAAUUGCUUCAAAAGCCCAAUUUAGCCGCUUGUUUCCAUGCGGACUCGAACCCUUUCGGAAUAAUCACGCGCACCGUUGCUUAACUUGACAGAUCGGACGGAACCGCUCUUUCGCUUUGCGCUAACAAGGCAAAUUGCUGUCAAUAAGGUCAAAUUGCGAAAACUUUGUUUACAAGUAAAUAGUCAAAAAUUUAAAAAAUUAAAUUUUGCUUUUUUAAAUUUUUUUUUAAAUAUUUUAAUUUUUUAAAAAAAUUUUGAAAAAAUGCAAAAACUUUGUUUCCACUAACCCCAAAAAUUCAGAAUUUGUGAAAACGACUACAACGAGACACAAUGCUCAAACCUCGAAUCGAAUCACCGUCGUGUAGAAGAUGAAGUUCAGAAGAAAGCGGCCGACUGGACCUUAUACCAAGCGUUAGCUUAUAUGUCGCCGGCUUUGGUGGUUGAUACUAUACUCGGUGCUUAUGGUGACAAAUAUGGACGUCAAAUUAAUAUUCUACUUGGGAUAAUGGGCGUUGCUGUCAGUGAAUAUGGAUUUUUGUUGACAUUGAGUGAAAGUGUCUAUGCGCCAUUUUAUAUUACAACGAUUUUUGGGUUUUUCGCUGGAAUGACUGGGUUCUUGGCUAUGGUAGGGUAGUUUUUCUUUAUAUUUUCAAAUUCUACAGAAUCUCAGCUAUCUAACAAGUAUAAUAUCGACCAAUACCCUACCCCACCAACUUCAUAUUGUUCAAUUUUCAGAUCCCAGUCUCCCUAAACGCCCUUCUUGCCGACCGUACCAACGACCAUAAUUUGCUCACUCUCCGCGCCGGCGUACUCUCCGCCGCUCAAUCUUUGGCCACAGUAGUUGGAGGUGUCUUGGGUGCCACAUUAGCCUUGUCUACCCCAAUUUACUCUACGAUCAAGUUGGCUGGAGCAGUUGAUAUUGAGAUCGCCAUCUUUGGCCUGGCUUUCAUUUUCGUUUUCUUAAAAAUUCCACAAAAGCCAGGUCAACAACAACGACAACGAGCAUCGACUUUGUCUAGCAACUCUCAAAUGACUACGGAAAGUUGCGGCGAUUUCUUCAGAGAGUUGUUCAAUUUGCUGAAGAGUGGGUUCAACGUUUAUAUGAAGAAGAGGCCAGGGCAUCGGAGGGGAUUCAUGUUCAUUACUGUGGUCAUGUUGAUGGUAACGUAUACUACGACUAUUGAGACUAGAUUAAGUAGGUUUUGGGAGGAAUGGGGGGAGGGUUGGUGUAAAAUACGGCGAUAAGUUUUGUUUUAUUAAUUUUUUGCGAAGAGUUACGUUUUGUUAACAUAGUAUUAAAAACGUGAUAUUUCGUUUACUUAAUAUUGGAAAAGUUACAUUUCGUUAACUUGGUAUUGGAAAAAUGACAUUUUGCUUAAAUUAUAAACAAUUUGCAGGUCCAUUACUCAACCGGUACGUUUUUCGAAGAAAUGGCCUCAAGUGGGACGCUUUUCAUUUGGGUAUCUGGAAUGCUAUGGGUUAUUUUGUUGGUAAGUAUUAUACUAUAUACAAAAACUAAAAUUUUAGUACUAUGAAAAUAAAAAAUGCUUUUUAGGAUACGUACUACAUAAUAUUGUACUGCACGUUUUUAGAGUACAUACUAUAUAGUAUUGAACGGUGCUUUUUUUGUCAUACGUAAUAUAUAGUACUGUACUGUUUUUUUUAACAUGCAUACUAUUUUGUAUUGCACAGUACUUAUUUUCGGCAUACGUACUAUCUAGUACUGUACUGUACUUAACUUUUUUUCACAUACGUACUAUAUAGUAUUGCACUGUACUUUUAUUGUCAGAGCUUCCUAUUUUACAAAAAUUAUAAAACAGUACUAUCCUGUACUCGUACUCAACCUCGUACUAUAAUAUAUCAUUUUAGUAUUCAUUGGCACUUUUGUCUUCUUGCCAUUAUUCAAAAAGGUAUUUAAAUUCCGUGAAACAACCAUCAUGAUCAUCGGAGUUCUAUCAAGUGCUCUCCGCUCACUGGGCAUUGGACUAGCCACAGAAACCUGGCACAUGUAUAUAGCCAAUGCUGUUGGAAUAUUCUCGGAAAUGGUACAACCAGCAGUCGUUUCAUUUAUAGUACAGUUGGUACCGGCUGAUGAGAUUGGCCGAGCCUUCACUUUAUUUGGCAUUGCGGCCGAUUUGGCAUUCAUUAUCACUAAUCUGGUCUACAACAAUAUAUACAAAUGGACUGUGACGUGGCGGCCUGGCUUCAUGUUUGAGUUUAUUGGUAUUGUGGAGUUGGUGGUUAUGGUGGCUGUGACCUGGGUACACUAUCAAAGUGGCAAAGAGAAGAUUGGUCAGACAGCGGCGUUGACGAGGGAUACUACUAGGAGUGUAAGUGAGGGUUUAGUUGGGUUAAAGUUGAUUUAUUAUUAAGAUAGGUGAAUAUAUAAGAAAGUCUUGUCACGUACCUUUAUUUUUUAGUGCUGCAAAAAUUUUUAUACUUCAAACGUAUUUGGCUUUAAUUUUUUUUAAUUAUAUUACACAUGACUCUUUGAUGUCUAGUACGAGCUUGUUCUUGUCGAUCUCAAUGUGUUUUGUAGUGUCGUUUGCCUUUUCAAUAUUGACAAUGUUUGAAAGUAUAAUUUAAAUCUGUUUUUUGAAACCUUUGGCUAACAGGAGAAAAAUCAUGUUACACUGAACAUCUGAUGUCUGUGGUAAUAUAAUUUUAGCUUUAUUUGUUGGAUUUUUGUUCAGUUUUCAAUUUUUUAAAUUUUUUAUGACUCCUUGAUAUCUAUCCUUGUGUAACAAAUUACAAAUAGUGUUCUUAUGUCAUUAGAAAAUGGCAAAAAUCGUUAUUCUGUUGGUCUAUCUUUGAUUUCUAUGGUAAUAUAGUUUUAGUUUUGUUGAUUUUUUAUUUUUUUGACUUUUCAUCAUACUUUGAUAACUGUCCUUGUAUAAAAAAUUACAAACCAUGUGUUUAUGUUAUUUAAAAAUGGCAGAAAUCACUAUUUCAUUCUCUUGAUGUCUAUGAUAAUAUAAUUUUUUGCUUUAUAUUGGUCUUCCUUAGGUUUAAACUUGGUUUCUGAAAUUUAUUGAUAACACAUCAGUUUUCUAAAAGCUAUGUUAGAACGUGACAUAGUUAUUUCAGAAACUCCGAGCAGUCAGUAGCGAAAUCCCAUCUCAUCCUCAAUUUGGUACCAAUUUUGGCGAAAAACGCCAUUCUUUGUUUAUAUAA